AUGCGUCGUUCAACAAUUGAUUCAUUAGUACAAGAAAAUCCAACUAAUUAUACAUAUUCAAAUUCUCAAAUACAAACAAAUGUUUUAAGAUGUGCACAUUGUUUUGCACCUAAAUCAAAUGAUUUAUAUACACGAUUUUGUAGGGAAUGUGGUCUACCUUGGCAAAAACUAACUCAUAAUCCACCGGAUAAUUAUUCAACAAGAAUUCUAUGUCCUCAUUGUAAAUCAACAAAUUCAAUACAUUUACGAACAUGUUAUAUUUGUGAAAAUGUAUUAAUACCAACAUCGACUUCACCAUGUAGUGCAUAUUCUGAUCAUGCAUCUACAUCAAUACAAUGUACAAAAUGUCAUACUAAUAAUGAUUCAUUUGCAAAAUUUUGUUCAACAUGUGGAUGUGUUAUUGAACCACCAUUACAUAUUAUUGAUACACGUCUUUAA